AUCUAAUGCCCUGAGAGGUAACAGGUGGGACCCCCCCCUCCCUUCACACUAUUUAAAAGACUGCAUUAACCACGAAUGGCUAGAAACGGACAGCAGCGUCAAGCAGAGGAUCCACUAAGGUUUGCCAUCAACAGGUCACAAUGAAAAGCAGCUAUCUCCUCAGUGGUAUCCUCCUCGCCCUGUGUUUAGUCCAGAGAAGCUGGCAAGCCGCUCUACAAGAACCUGACAACGCCAUGAGUUUUGAAGCAGAGGAGACUUUGGAGGAGGAGCCCAGAGAGGUGUCCAACUUGAAGAGACAUUCAGAGGGGACAUUUUCCAAUGACUACAGCAAAUACCUGGAGGAUAGAAAGGCCCAGGACUUUGUGAGAUGGCUAAUGAACAACAAGCGCAGCAGUCUUGCAGAGAAGAGGCACGCAGAUGGGACCUUCACCAGUGACGUCAGCUCCUACCUCAAGGAUCAGGCCAUAAAGGACUUCGUAGCCAGACUCAAGUCGGGACAGAUCCGAAGAGAAUCUGAAGGGGGCAGUAGCGAGCUCAGCAGGAGGCACGUGGACGGCAGUUUCACCAGCGACGUAAACAAGGUACUGGACUCCAUGGCAGCCAAGGAGUACCUGUACUGGGUCAUGACAUCCAAGCCUUCAGGCGAGAGCAAGAAGAGCCAAGAGGACCAAUGA